UUGUCUUUGUAGGACAACAUGCCUCAGACACCACCGUUUACGGGGCAGCUGGGCACCGGCAGCUACAACAAGAACCUGUAUCAGACCAAGGAGGAAGGCUACGCUGGCCUCUAUUACCAUGACAACAACCUUGCGUCCGGGUCUUUGGAGGCUCUCAUUCACCACUUGGUCCCAAACGUAGACUAUUAUCCAGAUAGGACGUACAUCUUCACCUUCCUGCUCAGCUCGCGUCUUUUCAUCCACCCAUACGAGCUCAUGUCCAAGGUGUGUCACCUGUGCAUGGAGCAACAACGACUCAGCGAUCCUCAAGCUGACAAGAUGAGAGUUAGGAAGAUUGCUCCUAAGAUCCUCCAGUUACUGACAGAAUGGACGGAAACCUUCCCAUAUGACUUCAGGGACGAGAGGAUGAUGCGCAGCCUGAAGGAGUUGACCCACCGGCUAGCCAGUGGAGACGAGGUUUACAGAAAGGCGGUCAGCCAGAUGAGCCAGGGCCUGAUCAGGAGGUUGACGGUGCUCAGCCAGUACGAGGAGGCGCUGAUCAAGAUCAACGCCACAGCGGCCGAACGGCUGACGGCUCUAAAAGCAAAGCCCCAGGCAGCCAUCCAGAGAGACAUGCUGUCCAUCUGCAACGACCCCUUCACUGUCGCCCAGCAGCUCACGCACAUAGAACUGGAGAGACUCAGUUACAUCGGACCUGAAGAAUUCGUCCAAGCCUUCGUCCAGAAAGACCCGCUGGACAACGAUAAGAGUUGCUUCAGUGAUCACAAGAAGGCCAGCAAUCUGGAAGCUUAUGUUGAAUGGUUCAACAGACUCAGUUAUCUGGUGGCCACAGAGAUCUGCAUGCCUGUGAAGAAGAAGCACCGAGCCCGAGUCAUCGAGUUCUUCAUCGACGUGGCACGUGAAUGCUUCAACAUCGGCAACUUCAACUCACUCAUGGCCAUCAUAUCUGGGAUGAACAUGAGUCCCGUGUCCCGGUUGAAGAAGACCUGGAGCAAAGUCAAGACGGCCAAAUUCGACAUCUUAGAACAUCAAAUGGAUCCUUCCAGUAAUUUCUACAACUACAGAACAGCGCUGAGAGGAGCCACGCAGAGGUCGAUCACUGCCAACAGCAGCAGAGAGAAGAUUGUCAUCCCUUUCUUCAGCCUGCUGAUAAAAGACAUCUACUUCCUCAAUGAGGGAUGUGCCAACAGGCUGAAAAAUGGACACAUCAACUUCGAGAAAUUCUGGGAAUUCGCCAAACAUGUGAGUGAGUUCAUGACUUGGAAGAAGGUGGAGUGUCCCUUUGAGAAGGAUCGCAAGAUCCUCCAGUACCUGCUGACUGCUCCAGUGUUCACUGAAGAUGCUUUGUAUCUGGCGUCGUACGAGAGCGAAGGUCCUGAGAACAACAUGGAGAAGGACAGAUGGAAGUCUCUGAGAUCCACUCUGCUAAGCAGGGUCUAAAACCUCUAAGCUACAGAUACCAGAAACGAAGACAAACCUCCCUGACAAGUGAGCUGUUCUCAGUCAACGUCGCUGUUGUUGUCCAAACGAAGUAUCCCCGUGUUGGAAGGGAAACGACAAUCUCUACUUUGGCUGGCGAGAGGACCCUUUUGUGUUCCCCCCAGCUUCAGAUUUCUAUUAAGCUCUGCUUUUCCUUAUCCUCUAAGCUCUAUGUGCUGUAUAUUUCAGGACAGCUGUUUUUUUCAUCUCUUUGUAUGACUUUGUAGUCUUUUUUUAAGAAAAAAAGAAACUCUACAAACCUUCACUGUUACAAAAAAACAAAAAACUAUGGGAGGUGCUUUUUCUCUUAUCCGAAGCAUUUCACCCUGAUAAACCCUCUGUGAGCGUUAUGGAGUCGUUGGGGUUGUUUGUUCCCCCCCCGGCAGUUUUCAACAUGUUUUUUUCCACUGAAGCUACGAGUUAGCUGCUGGUUAGCUAACUCAACAGAAACGCUACUCUCUCCUUUUCUCUUUCUGGUUCCACAAGCCAGCAAAUCUCUCUGUUCGGAGACUCAAAAAAAAAAAAACAACCUUACCUGCAACACUGUCGUUCGUCAUGAAGCUAGCCAUUAUUUGUAGUUAUUUUUUGUUUGCCUUCCUUUUGUACGAUUACCUGUGUAUCUCUCGCUUCAUGUUUAAAAAGUUUUUGUUAUUUUUUUGAGAUGAACAAAAUGCACUGGCUGCGUUUUUAAAAAGAUGAUGUAUUUGAUUUUCAUUUGUGUUGUGUAACGUUUUGUGAUUCGUUAAAACCCAGAAGCACCACUUCCUCGUGGUUUAUCGACGGCACACUAAAAGGCUUCAGUAUGCUUCGAAGGAAUUUAAAGGCAUGAGCAUGCUACCAAUCAGUAAAUCUAAAACCCCCUUUUUUUCUUUCCUUUUUUCUUCCCACACCUUUCGGAUGUUGGGAUUUUAAGGUUUUAGACAAUCUGACUCACACUUCCUUUGAAGCAAACUGAAGCCUUCAACUCUGAGCUUAAAUGGGAAGGUGUGAUGAUUGUGUGUUUCAUGUUGUUCCUGAUAAUCAGUGUUAAGAAAAAAAAAAAAAAGAAAGGAAGAAAAAAAGCCCUCUGCUGUGGAGAAGAAGAGCCAGGCUUAUGGGGCUGAUUUGGGCUAACAUGCAUCCAUUCCCCUCUCUCUUUUUGUUUCUGCUCUAUAGUGUAGGAAAUCAGUGUGGUUGUGUGCUGCCCCCUGGUGGUUCGGUCAGAAAAGUGAAUGGAUUUUUGUGUGGUUGAAUAAUGUGAACUUUAUUAUUUUAUGUUUUACCCCCUACACACAAACACAUACACACACGUGCUGAAUAAUAUCCGUUUUUUAUUUUUCAUAUUAUUAAAAAAAAGUAAAGUUUCCUCCAUAUCUUUUAUUUAUAAAUCUUAUUUGUGUAGUCAUUUUGUCCUCAUGCCAAUAUUUACUAUUAUUUUUAUUGUUAUUUAAUUUUUUGUACUAGGUACAUAACAUGCUUAAAGUAGUCCUCAGAUAUUGGCUUAACUAUUUUUUUUACACCCGUUUGUAUGAGACACUUAUUUUUCAAGGUACUAGCUCAGAGCAUGAAGUUAAAUCUCUUUUUGACUGAUGUCUGCUUUGCCUUGACGGCUUUCUUCCCUCAACACUGAGUGCUGUUGUGGUUUAUUGUGUACAUACUGUAUGUUUUGCUUUUCCUUCCUGUGUUCAUCCAUUUGUAUUUGGACUGUUAAAAUGGAAUAGAGGAACAGUUUAUAAAUGACUUAGUUGUGUUUAAAAAAAAGAGAAAGUUAAUAAAAAGAAUGUUUA